GGCUGCGACCGCAACAACCGAAUGCACGGCGUACAUUACUUAGAACGCAGAGUCGCGCGAUGGUCGUGGAAGCACGUGAUGCAAAACUGCAAGCAACCGAAGAAGAGAUACGUGGUCCGAGUGUGAAGCGAGCUAGGAAAUUAGCAGCAGAAGAUGUUGAGGAGGAUUGCUUGAAGGUGAAGGAAAAUCCGGCUAGUAAUAUUAAGGGUGACAACUACGACAAGGUUUUCGUAUCCUCGUCACGGUCACUAAAAAUCGACUUCGAUGAUGAAGCUGGUGGAGAAAAGCAGAAUCAGAAAUCGAAUGCUACAACGGCAAAACCAGUUGGCCAGACGAAGAGCAAUACAACACGGCGCUUGGUAGCUGCCUUGAGAAGUGCGGUCAAAGUAUCCAGUUGUCAGGAAUCGUCUCUCUCACCCAACGUGCGAGCCGAAGUGUCUAGACAGAAGGGCGUCGACGUUGUGAAUCUGAUGCGCCAAAGUUUUAUGCGCAGCUUGGGCGUCUAUCAUCCUGAGCAGAUUUGUCAGGCUUUGAAAAAGUCGCACGUCUUAAUCCUUCUGCGUGGUCGCAUUUAUCGGACGACAGCGUUUCAAGGGCUGCAAAAACCUCCACCAUUGCCACAACAAGUCGUUCGAAUGUCAAAGGGAGCAGGAGAACUUCUGCAGAAUUCAUCUUCUAGUACUGGUACAGAUGUAGUAGAUAUUAUAGCGCAAGGUCAAGGAAAAGGACCACCGCCUGCACCUGCUCAUCCGUCCAUUGUACAGCCUGCUGCCUCCUCUUCCUCCACAGCCUCUCUUUUCGGUACUGUGGCUGUUCAAAGCAAUGCAGCUAAACAAGAAGACACAAGAAAGCAGUUGUGGACCCGUCGUGUCACGGCAGCUCUGCCAAGGACAACCCCGGGGGGUCGCUUGGAAGCGCAAGCACGGACCUUAUACAUCGAAAAUGCGCCAGCGACAAUGGACUUGGCACCUUUACUACUAGGUUUGGCUUUUCUGGUACAACGGGAACGAGACCACGACCAAUACAAGCUUGCGCACAAGGCUUUUGUUAUGACUAAAGUUCAUUUUGGUUGUUGUUGGUUUUCUUUUUUAUCGUUUCUUUCCAUAGACUUAAAUACGUUCUUACUCUUCGGUUGAUCUGACAAAUCAAUACAAUUCAAAUUCAAUUCAUUGUUCCACUUCUUCUUUCAUAAGAAAGUAAGUAGUUUCAGUUUCUCCACGUCUGGUGAGAAAGAGAAAGUAAGUAGUUUCUCCACGUCUGGUGAGACCGCUAAUUAGAGUGGUGAACCUCAGCGGCUCUUGCGGGAAUGCAUAAAGGAGAAGCUAGCAGAGGGAAAAGCCGGAGGAGCCCAAGCAGCUUCUCCUGAAAGCAAAGCAGAAGUUGGCGGAGCACAGAAGCAGGUGGCUAUGAGGAAAGGAGAACAAGAACUUCUAGCACAAACAAAAAGUAGUAGCGGCUCCUCUUCCUCUACUUCCUCUUCCUCGUCGUCCACCUCUUCAACGCCUACAUUACCAAAGAGUUGGCUGCUCAAUGGUAAGUCCACGUUGUUUGAGAUGUGUGAGCGCAGUUCAAUCCCUCAACUGAUUGUUCAGCCACGACAUCCACGAUUGCAGACUCCUUGUGGAUAUUUUUUCGCGGAGUUUCUCACAGUAGAAAUGGCAGUCCUGGCUCGCAAAGCCCUCAGUGGUCGGUGGCCGCCAACAUGGCCGGUUCGAAGGGACGGCAAGGCUCUAAGGGUCCUACAUGUCGAAGAGCUUUCGCAACUGCGACAGGAAUACAAGAGGCUGCAAAAUGGGAAGAACCAGAAUCAUGAUUCCAAAUCGAAGGUAGCAGCUUCAUCGUGGUCUUCGAGAACGGCAACGACGGCCAUGCCCUCAUCACCAGAUGCUGAAGUCGUCCUAGUGCGCGUUCGUUUUUUGAGCAGCGACCCUCAGACCGUGCUGUCAAUCAGGCAAUGGUGCGAACAUGCGGUGGUCGUUUGGAAUGUGGAUAUUUUGACCUUGCCAGAUCCAGAACCUCCAGAAGACCACAGGGUCGUGGAAAAUAAAGAUGAAAAACGCAAUAAAACCUCCACUGCAGUUGUCCGUUUGUCUUCGCAAGCUGAUAUAUCUCGUCUCAUGUCAGACGCACAGCGCAGCAAGCGACUUUUGGGGAGCAGUUUGCCAGAACUCGAACGCUUUACGCCGACCGAGCAAGCAGAGUAUUUUCGAGACGUGAAGCGAAAAUUAGCAGACCAAAGAGCGCGGCAGGCAAGUCGAGUAUUGCCGAAUAUCCUAGGUCGUGCGGCUGGCGUCGAGCUGCCCUCACCCCAUGCUGGGGAGGAACACAACAAUGCGAGAAUGAGUUUCGCGAGUGCUGUUGCUUCAAGCGGGUUUAAGACGCCACGUGAAAUCGGGGAUGCUGAUGUAAAUGAUGAAGGAACACCUGCAAUUUUUAAGCAUGAAGACGGUAACGGCGACGACCAGGAAGACCUAGAUGUGACGAAGCUUCUUCAGAGCCCCAGUGCUGGAGUAGAACGGGAUGAGCAGGAUGCUCUUGGUGAACAAGAUGUAUUUGAUGAAGAUCUGCAACUACAAUUAGACGAGCUGCAAGACGAGCAAGAUGAAAUCGAGCUUGGGGAAAUUAUCGCGGAGAAUGAGCGCGCUGGUGGACUGCGGAAACAGAAUAAGAGGCAGAGGAGGGUCAAGGCACCACUGUUUCAAGGUGGGCACAAUCCUCAUCAGGUAAUCAAGGGUGGUGCAUGGGGGGUUUCAAGGUUGAAACAGUAUGCACCAGAUGCUCAACAAAAACAUAAGCGUGAUCCGCGUGGAGCAGGGUUCACGGAUUUGGGCGGUGUGUGAUUUUCAUCUACAACUUGCUUACAUAUUUCCACGAAUCACAGUUUUCUGAGCGCAUCUUCAAGUUGACUACAACGAAGUAAGG